GAAGCCUACAUGCUCUGGGUUAUAGUUAUUAUCACUGCCUAUAGGCACUGGGUUAUAGUCAUGAUCACUGCCUACAUGCACUGAGUUACAGUCAUCACUGCCUACAUACCCUCGGUUAUAGUGAUUAUCACUGCCUACAUACACUGGGUUAUAGCCAUUAUCACUGCCUACAUGCACUCGGUUACAGUCAUUAUCAGUGCCUACAUACACUGGGUUAUAGACAUUAUCACUGCCUACAGGCUCUGGGUUAUAGACAUUAUCACUGCCUACAGGCUCUGGGUUAUAGACAUUAUCACUGCCUACAGGCUCAGAGUUAUAGUGAUUAUCACUGCCUACAUGCACUGGGUUACAAUCAUUAUCACUGCCUACAUGCACUGGGUUACAAUCAUUAUCACUGCCUACAUGCACUGGGUUACAAUCAUUUUCACUGCCUACAUGCACUGGGUUACAAUCAUUAUCACUGCCAACAUGCACUGGGUUACAAUCAUUAUCACUGCCUACAUGCACUCGGUUACAAACAUUAUCACUGCCUACAUGCACUCGGUUACAAUCAUUAUCACUGCCUACAUGCACUCGGUUACAAUCAUUAUCACUGCCUACAUGCACUCGGUUACAGUCAUUAUCACUGCCUACAUACACUGGGUUAUAGACGUUACCACUGCGUUCAUACACUGGGUUACAGUCAUUGUCACUACCUACAUACACUGGGUUAUAGUGAUUAUCACUGCCUACAGGCUCUGGGUUAAAGACAUUAUCACUGACUUUAUUGCUAAUUUUGUUUGAGAAGUAUCCGAAACACUCUGAAAGUAUCUGCUAACUCAUUCCUAUGAUGCAACUGAAGAAUCCUUGCCAGAGUUCUGAGAGACUGUACACCCGGAAAGACCUCAAUGUACACUAAAUGUUUUGUAAUCCUAUCCAGUGCUAGACACUCUAUUAAUGGGAAAACAAACCCAGUGCUGACAGCCUGUCCUCAUCAGUGAUGUAUGUGUAUCCCAAGGUUUUACCAGUCAUUGCAAAGGGGUUCAUUAAACUAAACAAUAAAAUGUAAAUUUUCUGGCCUACUGCUAAUUAUGUAAGAAUACAUUUUAGAAGGAAGCCAACUAUCUUAUUUACUCUUGUUACACAGAGAGAGAAUUGUAUUGCUCUACAAGAUUACAUCAGGGCUUCACCUAGGGUCAGUGUUUUUUGUUGUCGUCUGAUGUUUUCAUGAAAAGUGGUGUCCUCGGAAUUAGUCGGUGUUGGCUGCUUGUGUCCGUAAGCUAUUAUACAUCAGUGUAAA